AUGAACUCUACGGAGACUAGUCUCGACGUCAACCGUUCUACACCCAUUUAUACUAUCGGCACUACUUUCAUAACACAAUGGAAAAUGCACAAGUUGAAGCAGCGUACUUGCAACUCAAACUAUCAGGAAUGUAUGAGCGACUACUUGGUCACAAAUGGCACCAACUAUACUGACGUAUACUACUUCAAUAGCUCUUUGGACAACGUUAUCUCUACUAAUGGUGGUUUGACGCCGGUACUGCCUCCGUUCCCGCUGUGGUUGGCAGCCAUCUUCGCCACUUGCCUGGUGCUGGUGAUCUUGCUAACAGUCAGUGGUAAUGUUCUGGUGCUCUUGGCCUUCCUUGUCGACCGGACCAUCCGACAACCCAGCAACUACUUCAUUGCUUCCCUAGCUGCCACCGACCUCCUUAUUGGUACAUUAUCGCUUCCAUUCUACACCGACUACGUCUUAAAAGGAUAUUGGCACCUGGGACCCUUAUUAUGCGACCUUUGGCUCUCCGUUGACUACACUGUGUGUCUUGUAUCCCAGUACACAGUUCUUCUAAUAACAGUCGAUAGAUUUUGCAGUGUGAAAAUAGCAGCACGAUAUCGAGCAUGGCGCACAAAGAAUAGAGUCAUUUGGAUGGUAACAGUAACAUGGAUCAUACCAGCCUUAUUAUUUUUCACCACUAUUUUUGGGUGGGAACAUUUUGUAGGUUACCGAGACCUACAAAAUGGUGAAUGUGCUGUACAAUUCCUUAAAGAUCCUAUUUUCAAUACAGCUUUGAUUAUUGGAUAUUACUGGACGACUCUUUGCGUGUUAAUUAUACUUUAUGCGGGAAUUUUCAAGACUGCUUAUGACAUGCAAAAGAAGAGUGAAGCUAAGCAAAGAAAAAUGCAGUCAAUGGUUGCCCUUAGUGCUGGUGUAAUGAGCGGUAUGGCUGGUCGUGCCGCCGGCGUUUCAGGUUUAUCGAAAGCUACAAUUUCUAGUGAGGACCAAAUGAAAGUUGCAGAUGCAAUACGAAAAGAUUCCACUUCAAAAGGAUCCUUAGCUGCUCCACUAUUAACUUUAGGUGGUUCUACUGAUUCUAACUCCAGCCAAAAAUCCUCAGCUCAUAAGAGCAGUGCGACUGCUACAGGAACAUCAACGACAGCCGAAUCCGAUGGAGAUAAGAAAGAGGAUCAGGUAGAAGCAGAAAGGUCAAGCAGUCCAGCAUUUGAUUCUGAUGAUGAAAGCACAACGCAAACUAAUGUUAAAAAGCGACCUUCGGUCGCAAAUUUAGUAAUGCAAACUGGUGCUCUACAAUUACUGAAUAACAUGCGAAUGAACGGUGGAAUGCUUAUAAAGGCCGAUAUGAAACAACCCCCAGUAGUUAAACACGAAAUUGACAAGGCAAAGUCUUCGCUUUCACAAAUAUCUGAAAAAAGUUUAUUGGACACAGACAACCCCGAUACGUCUCAGAGUAUAGGACAAAAACCAGCACCCGCUGUGCCUCUUUCUUCCACAAAUGUUACUUCUCCAACGUCGUCUGGCAUUGCGACACCGUCCGAGGUCUCAACAACCAUUGCUCAAAGGAUUAUACCUCCACCGUCGGAUUUUAGGUGCAGUCCUACUGUAUCUGAGAGCCCACCUUCACAGUCAGAAUCUUCACGUGCUAGAACUGUAAGGGUAAUCAAAAGUGAUGGAACUUCAUACGAUAUAUUAGUGGGCAUGGAUGGAGCGGAUCUAAGAUUUAUGGAUGAAAGUUCUAUCGUUGUUCCUACUCCCACAAAUGAGAGCCCUCCAUCAUCAGUUACGUUUCCGACAGCGACUGAACCCUCAUCUCCCCCAGCACAAAACACGGGAAAUGUAACAAACACUUCGUUAUUACAGGCUGCUUUAAUUCGAGCGACAGCGGAAGCUCAAGUUACUCAGCCCAAAAGUAAUGUUACACCUCCAGCGCCGGUAAAAGUGAAUACAGAAGUUAGUUUAACGACUGGGGAACGGCCAAAACCUGUGAUUACACUUGUAUCGUCGGCUUCCAAUAACAAUGAGCAACAAUCGUCUAAACCGAGUGACACGAAAGCUUCUCCGUCGAAGUUGAAUCCCGCAAUAAGUCCAGCGGUAGAAAAUAGCGAGAUUUCAAGCGCCAUCGGAAGUGGGUCAGGCCGCGGCGGCUCCAAGCGAGAGUUUGUUAAAAACAUAGGAAAAAAAUUAAAAGUUAAGCGUUCAAAACGAGAAGGCUUAUUCGCAGGCAUUGGACGGCAAAAAUCGAAAUCAGAAAACCGAGCUCGAAAAGCAUUUAGAACCAUAUCGUUUAUAUUAGGAGCAUUCGUUGUUUGUUGGACGCCUUAUCAUAUUUUAGCAUUAGUAGAAGGAUUUUGUACCAAUCCACCGUGUAUUAACCAACAUUUAUACAUGUUCUCUUAUUUUUUAUGUUACGCAAACAGCCCGAUCAAUCCUUUUUGCUAUGCAUUGGCAAAUCAACAAUUCAAAAAGACUUUCACGCGCCUUCUGAGGGGAGAUUUUCAUAUUACCUAG